GAACGUCUUGUUUGCCUCUCGCACAUUUUCCACAUAGCAAACACACUGAGUGCAGGAGACACGUCGCAGCUGUCUCUCCGGACAGACAGUGUCCUGUCUGAAGUUCGAUGGACGGCUGGAGUCCAACGGGGAGGACACAUUUAGAAAGUUAAGCGAAUAAUGUGAAGACAGAGACGAUGUGCUCCACGGGAACAAACGCGGAGCUGCAACAAACAUCCACCGACCCGGCUCUGGUCCUGGAACUGAAGACCAGGCGUCCUCCGUCCUUAGAGGGCCGGGCGGGAUGUGAGACCUGGAGCGUGGACUUCUCUCCGGACGGAGCCUGGUUCGCCUGGUCCAUGGGACACGGGAUCGUGUGGGUGGUAGCCUGGCCUCUCGACUCCGAAGACAGUCAGAAUGGAGACAUCGACCGAGGAGACAAGAGCUUCAGCUGUGGUCAUCCGGUGUGGGGCCUCGCCUUCGGACCCAGACCCCCAAAAUCAGCUGCAGCGGCACGUCCAUCAAAAAUGUCAUCAAAAGGGAAGAAGAGCCUGCUCCUGGCCACAGGUUUGGAGAACGGGGUGAUCAAAAUCUGGAAUGUGUUAACAGGUGAUGCUGUGUUUGAUCUGCAUGGACACGGUGUAGUGAGGGACCUGGUGUUUCCUCAGAACGGGACGCUCACACUCAUAUCUUCCUCUCGAGACAAAACAUUGAGGAUUUGGGAUCUGUCUCAGAAAGGUAAAACGGUGCAGGUGCUUUCUGGCCACAAAGACUGGAUCAGCUGCUGCUGCGUCUCAUCAGACUGCAGCAUGAUUGCGUCUGUCGGCAGAUUUGACAGAAUGGUGUGUCUGUGGAGUCUGCGCUCAUAUACGUUCAUCAGGAACCUGACAGGAGGGACCCACAAGACCUUGUACCUCCUGUCUUCCUGUGACUUCUCUCCCGAUGGCGCAGUGCUCGCCACCGCCGCCUUCAGCGGCUCCAGCUGGUGGAUCGACCUCUGGGACCCGUACACUGCAGAGAAACUGGCCACUCUGGUUGACUAUUUUGAAGAUUACGGACAGAACCAAAUCUCUGCAAUACAGUUUUCUCCCAACGGCUUACACUUGGCGAUGGUGACGGACGACAGAGCUCUUCGGGUCUGGGAGCCGGGACAGAAAGGGAUGGUGAUGCAGACGAAAGCGGAUCGAGACUCAAAUGGACUCUGCUGCAACUACCAUCCACAAGGGGGCGUGAUCGCCACAGGAACCAGAGACGGCCACGUGCGGUUCUGGAGGGCCCCCAGGACCGUGCCCAGCCUUUGCCACUUGUGCCGAUCCAUCCUGCGCCACUCGGUCUCCACGCACCAGAUGGAGCCGCUGCCCCUCCCGAAGAGGAUUCUCAAGUACCUCACUUACAGAAACAUCCCUGACCGCCUCAAGACCUGCUGCUCCUCAGACGAAGAGUGGGAGGGAUAAAUAGGAACCUUAACAACUGACACUUACAGCGAGUGAUUGUCACACACUCUCAUAAUGAAAAAAAAUGCCUUUGUUUGCUAAUUAAGAGGUGUUUUAAAAGCUUGAUUUAACAUAGGAAGCAUCUCAUAUUCAAUCUACUUUAGAUGCAACAUUACUACAUUAAGGGUUUCAUUUAUUGCACUACCACUGUAAGACGAUGCAUAUCUCAAUGGUCACAUGCUUACAAUUUUAUACGAUUAAUUUAUUGUGUAAAUAUCAUGUAUUUCUAAUUUCUGUGUUUAUCAAAUGCACUACUACUGUAUUGUUGUAUCUGCACAUAUUAAUUGUUAAUAUAAGAUAACAAAAACUGGACUUAUAGGAAAUAGUUUUAUUAAAACAGAUUCAAACACA